AAUCACCUAACCCCUAAAAAAGAAAAAAAAAACAUUUGUUGUGUGAACUAAGAUUACUUUGACCUCGAUCUCAUGCAUAAAUAUGAGUCUUAAGUAUUACUCAAUCAAGAUCUACCACAUAGAACAACACUUUCAUAGGUGUUAGCCAUUGAAAAUCAAAAUCAUUUUCUUACUCAUUUCUUUUCAAUUUUCUGUCUAUUCAAAACAGAGGAAAACAGAGGAUCUCUGUUCUAAGCAAAAUUGAGAAUGAAAAAAAAGUUCAUCAAGUUGUUAAGUUUUUUGACCAACAAGGGUAAAGUGAAUAAGGAAGAACCACCUUUAGAUCUUAAGGAAGCUUUUUCCAAGUUUGCAAAUGGUGAGAAUCACAUGUCAAAGGAACAACUACUUAGAUUCAUGGUGGAGUAUCAAGGAGAACAAAAUUGCACCUUAUUGGAUUUGGAGCCAAUCAUUGAAAAGGUUUUGAAAAUGGAAAGUUCUAACACUGAAACUAGCAGUAUUGCAGGACUCAAUUUGGAUGACUUCUUAGAUUUUCUGCUUCUAGAUGAUUUCAAUGGUCCUUUAAAAGAUGAGGUACAUCAUGAUAUGAAAGCUCCUUUGUCACAUUAUUUCAUGUAUACAGGACACAAUUCCUACCUUACUGGAAAUCAAUUUACCAGUGAGAGCAGUGAUAAACCAAUUAUAGAGGCAUUGAAACAAGGUGUACGAGUAAUUGAACUUGAUUUAUGGCCAUCUUCAACUAAAGAUGGUGGCAUUAAAGUAGUUCAUGGAAAGACUCUCACCACUCCAGUUGCACUAACCAAAUGUUUGGAAGCCAUAAAAGAAUAUGCUUUUGUCAAAUCUGAUUUUCCAGUGAUUCUAACUUUAGAAGAUCACCUAACACCAAAGCUUCAGGAUAACUUUGCAAAAAUGGCAAAUCAAAUAUUUGGAGAAAUGCUUUAUUGUCCUACGACAGAUUGUAUAACAGAAUUUCCCUCACCAGCAUCACUAAAAAAUAUGGUACUUAUAUCAACUAAACCACCAAAGGAGUUUCCUCAAACUGAUUGUGCUAACAAUCAUGUGUCAAACGGAAGUGAAUCGUCUGAAGAUGAAACAUGGGGACAGGAACAACAAGAUUCUAUGGCUAUACAGAAAAAUGAGGACAUGAAAGUAAAUGGUGAAGAGAUGGAAGAUAUUAGUACAAGUUAUUACAAAUCAAACCAGCAAGGUGCGCGCGAAUACAGACAUUUGAUUACAAUCCAUGGUGGAAAAUCAGAAGGUACUAUGAAGGAUAGACUAAAAGUUGAUGGCGGUAAAGUUAAAAGGCUAAGUUUGAGUGAGAAGAAACUCAAAUCUGCUUCUGAGUCUCAUGGAGCCGAGCUAAUUAGGUUCACGCAAAAAAAUAUCCUUAGAAUUUAUCCUAAAGGAGAACGUGUUCAAUCCACAAAUUUUAGGCCACAUUUAGGGUGGAUGUAUGGAGCUCAGAUGGUUGCAUUCAAUAUGCAGGGGCAUGGCAAAUCACUCCGGUUGAUGCAAGGGAUGUUCAAAGCGAAUGGAGGGUGUGGUUAUGUGAAAAAACCUGAAUUUCUAAUUCAAGAAAUUGUACAUAAUGAGGCUUUUGAUCCUAAAAGAAGGUUGCCAGUGAAGCAGAUAUUAAAAGUCAAAGUAUACAAAGGAGUUGGCUGGAGGUCAGAUUUCAGUCCAACGCACUUCGAUCGAUUCUCUCCACCAGAUUUUUACACAAAGGUUUGUAUUGCUGGAGUGGGAGCUGAUAGUGUGAAGAUGAAAACAAGUGUAAAGAUGGACAAUUGGUAUCCUGUUUGGGACGAAGAGUUCGAAUUCCAAUUGACUGUUCCAGAGCUUGCAUUGCUCCGGAUCGAAGUGAAAGAUAAAGAUAAGGGAUCAGACGAUUUUGCUGGACAAACUUGUUUGCCUGUAUCAGAGCUAAGACAUGGAUUUCGGUCUGUUGCUUUGUGUGACAGAAAGGGAAAGAAAUAUAACUCUGUCAAGCUUUUACUUGGAUUCCACCUUGAAACUUUAAAUAUAUUGUAGACGUCGUUCAUCCAAAUAUGGGAAUCGGAUUCACGCAUUAAAUACGUGAGACAUUCAUUUAUUUUGGUAGUCUUAUGAUAAUUUGCUGAAGGUAUAAUGUUAGUCAUCAAGGUCAUUGUAAUGAUAUUUAUCUUUUGGGAAAUUCUACGGUGAAGUCAUUCAAUUAACUUUUUCGGUGAAGUUAUCCUACGAUCCAAUAAUAAUGUGCCAAGUAUUUAAAUGA